GACUGGCUUGUCGGUGAGAAGUGAAACCAGGACCAGAGAGAGGGUGAGAAAGGCCCUUGCAGCUCUUCCCUCUGCUGGCUCUGUGCUGAGAUGCUGGCCACUGUGAUUUCAGCAUUUCCAGAUUUGACUUGAAUUGACCUGCUUUAGGCUGUGAUAUGUUUUGAAAUGUCCUGCAGUUGAGAGGAAUGUUUAGGAAUGUUUCGACCCCUGUGUAUUCCGCAUCUGGCUGUAAGGCUGAAGCUGUACAAACCAACCUGGAUCUCUCAUGUCUUUAACCGGAGCAGUCUGGAGGUGAAUAUUUCCUCUGUGCGUGCAGACAUUUGUAACUGUUUGUGUUGAAGCAAUGGGGUCAAAAACCUACUUUAAAGUUCUUGUGCUUGCGUCUUUCCUGGUGUCUGCUUUUCUGGUGCUAAGUUUCCACGCAACCCGUGGGCUGACUGAGGACUCUGGUGGGUCAGAUCCCCACACUCUGCUGAAGCAAGUGAAGAGCGAGGAUGACGAAGACGAGGUCGUCGACCAGAGCUCCGGGAUCGACUUUGAGGCUCUGCACAGCCGCUGGCAUGACCCACCUCCUUGCCAGAAGGGGCAGGUCCUCCUGGUCCUUGUGACAUCUGCCCAGCCCAACAUUGACCGUAGGAAUGCCAUUCGCAACACAUGGGCGCUGGGCUGGGAGGAGAGUGCCUUCCCUUGGCAAGUGGUCUUCCUGGUUGGCCAGGCCAUGGGAGAAGGGGCAGCCGACCUAAUCCAAUUGGAGCGGGAAGUGUUCCAAGAUGUGUUGGUGGGAAACUACCUGGAUACUUACAGAAACCUUACGCUAAAAGUCAUGCACGGGUUAAAGUGGGCAGUGAGCACUUGUCGGCCUCUAUACAUCCUCAAAACUGAUGAUGACUGCUUUGUAAACACAGACAGGCUGCCUCGCUUUCUGGUCCGGGACAAUCCGAUCCGGACUGGCCUUUACGCCGGCUCUCUGUUUGUACCCGAGAAGCGGGAAGUCAUCCGGAAUCCCUGGAACAAAUGGUAUGUGUCAUGGCGGGACUACGGGAAAGAGCGCUACCCUCCCUACCUGAGUGGGGUGGGCUACGUGCUCUCUCUGGAUGCAGCUGCUGCAAUCCUGAGGGCAGCAGCCUGGGUCCGCCCCAUUCCCGUUGAGGAUGCGUACGUUGGGAUCCUGGCAGAAGCGGCUGGUAUCCCUGCGCUGUCGAGCAGCCGCUUCACCAAACACAAUGUGAACUGGAGAGUGUGCAACUACAGGUACCUGAUGGUCAUUCAUCACCUCAGCACUCAGGAGCAACACACAGCCCACAGCAACAUGGUCCAGGCCCGCACAGCUUGUUCUGGUAAUCCCAAUAUCACCAGAUGGAACUGACCGUGUUGACUUAGAUACGAACAAAGUCAUCCUGGAUGAAACUAUUUUGUACCGAGGACAAGAGUCCAGAAUGAAGGGGCGCACAAUCUUAGAAGCAUAGAAAUAGAAAGCAGGAGUAGGACAUUAGGCCCUUUCAGUCUGCUCUUCGUUGUGAUCAUUGAUCAUCCAGUUCAGUCCCCUGUUCCUACAUUCUUCACAUACCCUUCAGC